GGCAGGCUUGCAGGGCCCAAUCAAAACCCUCUCGCAGCUCUCAAUCACGUGGGCCCGAAACAUCACAACGCCACGUCUCGGCUCCCAGCCAAUCCCCUCUCUCCUCCCUUCGCUGUUGCGGUAACUGUUCACACACGUGUCUUUUCCCACAAGUGUCUCCUCCCACGUCGCUCUUAUAAAUCCCAAAUGCCCUCGCCACCUCCAUUGUUGAGCUAUCAGCUUUGAGUGCGAGACUAAACAACUCUGCCCAAAAAAAAAAAAAAAAAAAACUUGGGUUUUGAAGAGAGAGAGAGAUGGAUGGGAGAGGAGGGUGUUGUAUAGCGAGGUACGGAGGAGAAUAUGAUAUGUCGCAGGUGGAUAGGAUAAUGUUGCGGUUCAGACCGAUUGCUCCGAAGCCGGUCAACGGAGGAGGGUUGGAUUCCGGUGGGUCACCCCCCGAAAACGGUGACGUUUACGUUAAGAGAGUUCGGAGGUGUGUGAAGCAGGGUUGCAAUAAUAAUAAUAAUAAUAAUAAUAAUAAUACCAGUAAGAGAAGGAGAUCUUCGAAGGGUUUGGGUGAGGAAAAGACGGUUGUGACCCUGCCUCUGUUGCCGGAGACCCCUGAGCCAAAAGGCUCGGAGAGAGAGAGGAAGUCGAGUGGUUACUCGGCCACGUGGCUGAGUUUCGAGAGUUUCGAGAGUAAUAGUAGUAGUAUUUCUUCUACGACAUGUCGUAGGAGUAAGGUGGUGGGGGAGGAGAUGAGUACGAUGAAUAAUAUGCAGCAGCGGCGGCCGGUGAGGGUGGUCGGGUCGUGCGUGACGGUGGACUGCGUGACGGACACGUGGGUGGGCGGAGAUGGACUAGGGCGUACGGACGUGGAGAGGAGGAUGAAUCUGGAGAGGGACACGUGUCCGGGGUUUGUAUCGGACGGUGCGGGGAGGGUGGUGUGGACGAAUGGGGCCUACAGGAGCAUGGUGGGGGAGCAGGAGGAAAGGGAGACGAUGGUGUGGCUGGUGACGAAGGAGAGGGCGGCGAAGGCGGUGGGUGUGAUGAGUAAUUACGACACGGCGGCAUUCUCGUGCAGGGUGAGGGUGCAGUACAGCGGGUGCGGUGGGUCGUCGGCAAGGGAUUGGAGCUCGUUGACGCUGCCGUGUGACGUGUGGAGGAUGGAGAGUGGCGGGUUCGCGUGGAGGCUGGACGUGAAGGCUGCUCUUUGCUUGGGUCGGUAAACCGACAUGGUAAAAAGCUUAGCUAGAGAUGACAAAUAACUGAUGAGGAGUUGCUUUGCGUUUUAUUAGCAGUAAGCUUAAAUUAAUGACCGUAAUUAACAAGUGUGAAUUAUUUUUCCUUAUCGCAGUUGCUUUGCGUUUAAUUUCCUUACAUAGCUAGCUCUCUGUGAUCUGGUGAAAAGCAAAAUUUGAAUAUGUUCAAAUGUCAUGUACUUUUAUUUUGGGUGCAGUCAAGAACAUUUUUUUCUUUCAA